AUGAGGCCCGAGGUUAGGGGUCGCCAGGCGGGGCCCCCGCAGACGCAAGGGGGGGGGGGAACAGAGCCAGGGGGGGGGGGGGGGGUGCCCACCAGAACCCGCGGGGGGGGGGGGGGGGGGGUGGGGUGGGGGGGGGGGCAAGAAUGGGUGCGCGCGACGAGAAACAGAGGGGCAAACGCCGUGGAUAGAAAAAGCCGGGGGGGGGGGGGGGGGGGGGGGGGGGGGGGGGUGGGGCGGUUGCGAAAACCGAGGGAGCCGAAGGAGACGGAAACCGGUGGGAGAGUCGGGGCCCGACGGGGGGGGGGGGGAGAGGGGGGGACAGGGGGGCAAGUGUGUGCCUGUGUGCUGACGGGGGGGGGGCACGGGCACACCAGAGACGACGUGAACAUUCGCGUGAAGGGGGAAAAACCAACGGGGGGGGCACAAAGGGACCCGUCAACGAAAGGGGGUGCCGCAGAGGGGGAAACGUGCCGCGAGGCGCGGAGCCCCGGGGGGGGGGGGGGGGGGGGGGGGGGGGGGGGGACGGCCAGGCAGAAAGGGGGGACCAACGCCGGCGGGCGAAAAGGGAGGGCGGACAAGUGGCCGAGCCAAUGA